AUGGGCCUUCACAUCCUCAAAACGACGCCUUUUUCGUCUUCCUACUCCAAAGCUUUACUCCUCGCCACCGCUGCAAAACCCGCCGCUUUAGCUGCUGCUGUUCUUCCUUGUAAUCCCCGCUUGAGAUUUCCAUUUUCUUCGCCAAAGGCCAUUACUUCAUCUGGGUAUGGGAGUUUCCUUCAUCUGAGGAAGCGUGGGUUUCGUGGGAGUGUCGUCUUAACCAUGGCUGCUUCUGGUUCGGUCCAGAAGUCUGAGGAAGAGUGGAGUGCUAUUCUUUCCCCAGAGCAGUUUCGAAUUUUGAGACAAAAGGGCACCGAGUAUCCAGGCACCGGAGAAUAUGAUAAGUUCUUCGAAGAAGGUAUCUAUAAAUGUGCAGGAUGUGGGACUUCUCUUUACAAGUCCACUACAAAAUUUAAUUCAGGUUGUGGGUGGCCAGCUUUCUAUGAGGGUCUCCCUGGAGCCAUAAAUCGCCAUCCGGACCCGGAUGGGAUGAGGACUGAAAUCACUUGUGCAGCUUGUGGUGGCCAUUUGGGCCAUGUAUUUAAAGGUGAAGGGUUUCCAACACCCACCGAUGAGCGCCAUUGUGUCAAUAGCAUAUCACUCAAGUUCAUUCCUGCAAAUUCUUCAGACUGAAUCGUAUUAUAACAGUUAUCCUAGUUGUGUAUAGGACAUGGGCAUAAUGUGAUGUUUUUGCCAAUAAGAACUCGAGUUUUUCUACUUAUGGUCGUCGUUGUAUUUGAACUUGAACGUUUUAAUGCAAUAUAUAUGCAAAAUAUGGUAACCAACCAUGGGAAUUUCCGUGGCAGCCUGAAAAGAUGAA